AUCCCGCGACCGGUGGGUCCGGACCAUGGGGCAGCCCUGGGCGGCGGGGAGCGCUGAGGGAGCGCCCGCGCGGCUGCCUCUCGUGCUCACGGCGCUGUGGGCCGCUGUCGUGAGCCUGGAGCUGGCCUACGUGCUGGUGCUGGGUCCCGGGCCGCCCCCGCUGGGACCCCUGGCUCGGGCCUUGCAGCUGGCGCUGGCCGCCUUCCAGCUGCUUAACCUGCUGGGCAACGUGGGGCUGUUCCUGCGCUCGGACCCCAGCAUCCGGGGCGUGAUGCUGGCCGGCCGCGGUCGGGGCCAGGGCUGGGCUUACUGCUACCAGUGCCAGAGCCAGGUGCCACCACGCAGUGGGCAUUGCUCUGCCUGCCGCAUCUGCAUCCUGCGCCGGGACCACCACUGCCGWCUGCUGGGCCGCUGYGUGGGCUUCCGCAACUACCGGCCCUUCCUGUGCCUGCUGCUGCAUGGUGCUGGUGUCCUGCUCCACAUCUCCGUGCUGCUGGGCCCUGCCCUGUCAGCUCUGCUACGGGCCCACUCACUUCUCCAUACUGCUGCCCUCCUCCUGCUGCCCUGGCUCAUGCUGCUCACAGGCAGAGUGUCUCUGGCCCAGUUCACCCUGGCCUUCGUGAUGGACACGUGUGUGGCAGGUGCGCUGCUGUGUGGGGCUGGGCUGCUCUUCCAUGGGAUGCUGCUGUUACGGGGCCAGACCACAUGGGAAUGGGCUCGAGGCCAGCAUUCCUAUGACCUGGGCCCCUGCCACAACCUGCAGGCAGCUCUGGGGCCCCGUUGGGCCCUUGUCUGGCUCUGGCCCUUCCUGGCCUCCCCACUGCCUGGGGAUGGGAUCACCUUUCACACCGCAGCUGAUGUGGGACUCAUGGCUUCCUGACUUCAGUGGGAGUUAGAACUGAAGUGGGCAGAGGGGAGCAGGAGGUGGGCUGAUAACUCCUUCGUUUCUGGCCCUUAAAGUCAGCAGUGGGUAACCUCAACCCCUUCCUUAGCUUUGCUCCUGCCCAGCCUGGACACCCUGCCCAGGGCUCGGGCCCCUCCAUCUCUGCCUGUUUGGGAAGAUGGUUGCAGAGGUGGGUCUGGCAAGAGGCUGCCCAGGAUGCUUGGCUGCCUCUCUGCCAGGCUAAUAAGAUACCCACCUGGUCCUUGACCUCCCUCCAUCUUUGCUGGGUUUCUGGUCCCUCACUUUGUUACCCUGGCUGCUGUUUCUGGUUCCUCUGAUUGUCAUGCCUGAAAAUCACCAAAAAACGAGGUGUCUGAGGGGCCUAGGUGUCCUUUCUCCCUGGUGGGGUAGGGGUGGUAGAAUCUGAACAUGUUUUCCAGGAUCAGCACAUAAUAUUUCAGGCCAUUUCUGCAACAGCAGUUUCAUGGAAGCUCUUGGCUGACCUGGGACGUAGCUCAGUGUCUGGGUUCUUGUUCUGUGUGUAAAGCUGUUGGUUGCCAUGACAAGUCAAUGGGGUAGUAAAUGGAGGAAGCAGAAUGGGAACCCAGGUCUUUGUACUGUUGCCUUCACCCUUGCACAGCCAAAGGAAGUGAGUGGGAGAAAAAUCUAGGCAAAGAAUCAGCUGGAGUGUUACUGCCCAUGAAGGGUGACCUGAGGGCACAGGCCUGUGCUGCUCUGUGGCCUCUUGGGAGCUGCUCGUUAAUGCGGCAGCUUCAACACACAAGCUAAUCAAUGUUUACUGACAGAGUAUCACUAAGAUGAUAGUAAAGAAAUAAAAAGAAGAUAAGUUUACAAGGUGGAAACAGACAGACAGUAGUAGACCAAAGAAUCUGACAUUUUGAAAGAUGGAAGGUGGUUGGAGGCUUGUUCACUGUCUUAUGCAGAGAACUAGAAAUCGAAAUUACGUUUUCCCAAAGGAAGGGGUGGAGAGGCAAGCCAAACUGCCCCCAAAGCCCUGGUGGGGUUCAAGAAUUCACCAGAACGAUGGAAGUUGAGGUGAGGCUUUGGGCCAACAGUGGAGAUCGAUGCCAAGUCAGUAUCAGGAGCUGCUGGGUGCCCUCCCUGCCAGCCCCAUCCACCCCUCGGAGAAACUAGAACAGAGAAGCUCUGAUCUCUGGAGCACUGGGGGUGGGGAGGAGGGGAGGAGGGCURGACCAAAAGUCCACAGAUAAUGCUGGGGUCCUCCCUGGACCCCCAGAAGAGUCCACUGCCUGACAGCCUCUACCUGUGGCCACAGUGGUCAUUGCUUUUCUCAGGAGGCAUGUUCUGUUGCUACUUUGUAAAAGAGUUUAGGAGCCUGGUGUGCCUGGCAUUCUGUGCUGAACUUAAAACAUUGGCAGAUCUGCCUUUCCUCCUCUGCAUCUCAUUCCUCGCCCUCCAGAAUAUCUGGUUUUCAUGUUUUUACUUAAUAGUGAGGAAAUGCAAGAGCAUAUUUAUAUAGCACCCCACACACCUGUCAGAGAAAAAAAAAUCACUGUUUCCUUCUUAGUCCCCUUCCUGGGGGGCGGGGGGUGGACACAGGGUCCUGUCUUGAUCAUUCCUUGCUUGGCUUUUUAGUUACAUGUUUUUGAAUUUUACAUGACUUGCCUUUCUCUCAAUAUUAUGUUUCUGAGAUGUAUCUAAACUGUUGCAUGUAGCUGUGGGAUGCCCUCUUUCCUUGUUGCAUAGUGAUCUUCUGAAUGCCAUGACUAAUUUUUGAAUUUUAUUCCACUGGCCAUUUUAUCUACCCUUGUUUCCUUUGGGAGUCAUCCACCAAGAGCCCUUGUCCUCCCUUAGAAAGCUUAGAAUCAGAUUGUCAAGUUAAACCAGUAAAUACCUCUUUGAGAUCAUGAAUGGAACUCCACUAACUGUAUAGA